AUGACCGAGGCUGAGGAUAGGAAGCGCAAGCUUCAGCAACUGGCAAAGGGCUCUACUGCUGCCACUGGUACCGCAAAGUCUUCUUCUAGUGUAUCCAAGUCUAGCAAAGACCAUGCAAAAAAACCAUCCAAACCCAGCAAGAAGCAUGCCGAUUCUGAUGAUGACGAAGAGGAAGAGGAUGAUGAAGACGAAGAUGACGAUGAUGACCAGAAUGAUGACGAGGAAUCUGCUGAAGAUGAGGAUAGUGAAGAUGAGCAACCAAAGAAAAAAGGCAGGUCCUCAUUGUCCACUACUAGACACUCCACUUCUCAUCACUCUUCAAAAAGGAACAGUACGACAACCAGAAAAUCCAAGAGCGGCGAUAGCGGCUCUGAUGCAGGCAGUGGUGACGACGAGACACUUGGCGAUGAGAUGGCUCAUUUGGAUCGUAGCAAUAUUAUUCAAGGUGGUCGCCGAACCAGAGGAAAGCGGAUCGACUACACAGCGUUUGGUCCUGACCAUGAAGAUGAAGAUGAAUAA